GAAAAAAAAACGCUCAGAGUUAGGGAAGUCUCGAACAGCAGAACACUCGAAGUCUCGAACAGCAGAACAGGAAGCGAACUCGAAGCGACGGCUGAACUCUGAAGCGAAGCAAAGCCGCGCACCGCCGACCCCACCGCCGACUCGCCGGCCUCCCGAGACGCCCAUUACAUUUUUCAAUCAGUUUUGAGCUUCGAACAGCUGCAAAAAUGGAGAAACAAGAAGAGAGAGAACAAAACCAGCAAAAUUGGAGGAAAGAAGUCGAUAACAACAUCAAAUGUCUCCAAUCUCUUGUUUCCGGCGCCGAUUUUGCUUUAGAAAAUCGCAAUUUCUCUUCUGGAAAACUCCUCAGCCUUCGUCUCUCCGGAUUCGUCGAAUCUCGCUCCCAAAACGAUGUUGACGUGUCCUUUCUUCAUCCUAUUCGCUGCGACGCCAUGUCCAAGCUUGCUGCCGCUCGCCGUCAACGAACUCUUGAUUCUAACCGUUGGGAGAGAAACAAAAAAAGGAAGAAGAUGAAGGUUGAAGAAGAAGGCGGGGAAAAAUAUCGCUGCAACGCCAUGUCCAAGCUUGCUGCCGCUCGCCGUCAACUAACUCUUGAUUCUAACCGUACUGCCUUACAGUCCGAUUUUGCCAUGAUCCCACGUCAUAGACUCGGCUUUCGUUCAAAUAAACCAUCCAGAAUGUCCCUUCUCUCAUCGUAUAAUGCCAAGAGGUCUGUAAGAGUUUGUGAUGCAGCAAAUCGCACUACAAGUGUGCGGAGUUGGGAUGAAAUGAACUAUGAUGUCUUGGUGGACAUAAUAAGGAGAGUUUCUCUGAAGGAGAGGCUUUAUGUUGUAUGUAUGGUGAGCAAGACAUGGUUGUCGGCAGUGUUAGAUUUAUUGUCAAGAAAUGGUGUCAUCAACCUCAAAGUUUUGGAUUCCCCUAAAUAUCGGAAAAUGCACGGUAGAUACUUUUGUUUCCUGAAGCGCAUGCUAGAUACUAAGGCGGCUGACUCUUGCUCUGAAUUGCUUCAUGGUGAAACUUUUUAUCGAAAACAUAAGAUGAAGUACAUUGGUAAAAGGACACCCUACCUUAAGACUUUGGUAAUACCACAAGCUGUGGGAUUGGAACAUGAAUAUAUUAUUCCUGCUAUUGUAUACUGGAAAGAGUUGAAGAAAGUACAGUGUCCAGUGGGGGUUAUUGCACGAUGUCCAAGCAGUUUUACAAAGGUCGAAACUCUCUGCUUAUUUGGCCAUGUGGAUGAUUAUGCAGCUGCAAUUGUACGUGACUGGUGUCCGCAACUCAAGCACUUGAGUCUCCACUCGUGUGCUUUAUCGAUGAAAGCCUUGUCAACAAUUUUGGACGGCCACAAAAAUUUGGAUUUGUUGAAUACCCGACAUAGUUUUCGUGUUCCUGAUGGCACGAUUAUUAAUAGGUCUGGAUGCUUGCAAGCUUUAGACUGGAAUGAAGAGGAGAUUCAGCAUAAAGCUGCCGGUGUGAAGGUGCACCUUAGGUGUGCGCGAGGGCAGUGUGCUAAGUGUGCUGAACCUUACCGGUGUUGUUUUCCUGAACAGCGGUCUCCUUAUUUAAAACCUCCUCAACGGUUUUAUCUUUGAUCUUAUCAAGUUUGUAUCUACAAAAUAUUUUGGUUUUUACUUGGUGACUUGGUGUCAUGAAAUUCUUGCACAAGAAUGUGAAAAAUAAGUUAUUAUCUUAUAAAGUACUUGUUAGUUCAA